CGCGGGGCGGGCUUCUGCUUUGGUUGCUGGUACCCGGUCGCCUGACUGAACUCCCUGCCCAUAUAUCUGUGGCUACGGCGGUCCCUUCUUCCUUGCCCUUGGAAGCUCUUUAGCAACUAUGCGUUUCUUGGCUACCGCGUUCCUGCUCCUGGCUCUCAACGCCUCCACCCUGGCAGAGCCGGUGCGUUUCAAAGACUGCGGUUCCGAGGUUGGAGUUAUAAAGGAAGUGAAUGUGAGCCCAUGCCCCACCCAGCCCUGCCAUCUGCAGAAAGGACAGUCUUACACUGUCAAUGUCACCUUUACCAGUGGUACUCAGUCUCAAGGGAGCAAAGCCUUGGUAUAUGGCAUCUUGAUGGGCGUCCCAGUUCCUUUUCCCAUUCCUGAGUCUGAUGGUUGUAAGAGUGGAGUCAACUGCCCCAUUGAAAAAAAUAAGACCUACAGCUACCUGAAUAAACUACCAGUGAAGACUGACUACCCCUCUAUAAAACUGGUGGUGAAGUGGGAACUUCAGGAUGACCAACAAAAAUGUCUCUUUUGCUGGGAAAUCCCAGUACAGAUCGAAAGCUAGAGCUAUUUGAUGCCAAUAUGUCCAUCUGGUGACGCGGAGAGCAUGGGGAGAGGGAGGGAAGGAGAAAUCUAAUCUAAACUAAAUCUGUGCCAUAAGAUGAAGGGAAUUUUUAGACAACUGUUUCAUGCCUCUCAACCUCCAACUGCACCUAAGACCCUGUUUCUUGAGAGCUCAGAACUGUUGCCCUUGUAAUAAUAUCUUUUGUAAAAGGGUUGAAGGAAAGAAGAAAGAGAGAAACUGUAGGGAUUGAUUUAAUUGUCUUCCGUGUUUUUUGCUGUUGGAAUAAGGAGGGUCCAGUCAGGCAGGACCCAAAUGAGGCCGCUUAGGGAUAUUGGUUAACUUGCUCUGGGACUGUCAGUCCUUGCAGUGGAGGACAGGUUCCAAACCACAUUCCUCUAGCUGGGACAGCACAUCUCCAAGUGCCUCAUUGAGUUCAGUGCAUCUGGCCAACAAGCCUGCUGACUCUUGACAGCACCUCUAGCUCUGCUGCUACAACAGCCACUUGCUCUCCAGUGGUAUCCAACGUUUCGGUGGAGUGGGGAGUUGUUUUGCAACAGAAAUUUAACUCUGGGUGACUUGGUUCUGGGUGGUGAUCUCAUGUCUCCUUUUCUGUCUUACGUAGUUUUCAUUAAGUGUAACACUUGAUUAACAGAUGUUUGAUUUUUUUUUUUCUAACAUUACCUUGUGACUUCUUUAUGUACCUGGAAAUGUCGCUUUGAAUAAAUAAAAAGAUGGUAGUAUUCUGUA